CACAUUGGUAGGUAAUGUGUGCUGCGUGUUCAGAAGAAGAGAAAACCGGGUAAAGCAAGCUCGAGCUGUUUUAGAUUGAGAGCACAGCAAUCGACCAAAAAUGAGACCAGGAUUCAGCCCUCGGGGUGGUGAUCGGGGAGGCUUCCGAGGAAGAGGGAGCUUUGGAGACAGAGGUGGUGGACGGGGAGGUUUUGGCGAUAGAGGUGGACGGGGAGGUUUUGGCGAUAGAGGUGGACGAGGAGGUUUCAGAGGCAGAGGUGGUGGAGGUGGAUUUAGGUCUCCAAGUGGCGAGGGUGGCUUCAGAGGCCGUGGAGGUGGUCGUGGCACCCCCAGGGGUAGAGGUGGACGUGGGGGCUUCGGGGCGGGCAGGAAAGUCACAGUGGAGCCUCAUAGACAUGAAGGAGUGUUCAUCUGCCGUGGUAAGGAAGAUGCCCUGGUGACAAAGAACAUGGUGAUUGGAGAGUCUGUGUAUGGAGAAAAAAGGAUGAACGUCGAGGAAGGGGAAACAAAGAUUGAGUACAGAGCGUGGAAUCCUUUCCGGUCAAAGCUGGCAGCAGCCAUCUUGGGAGGAGUUGACCAGAUCCACAUCAAACCUGGCUCGAAGGUCAUGUACCUGGGAGCCGCAUCAGGGACGACAGUGUCCCACGUGUCAGACAUCGUUGGACCUGAGGGUCUUGUGUAUGCUGUAGAGUUCUCUCACAGGUCAGGACGUGAUCUGCUCAAUGUUGCCAAAAAGAGAACCAACAUAAUUCCCAUCAUUGAGGACGCCCGGCAUCCACACAAAUACCGCAUGCUUGUUGGCAUGGUAGAUGUCAUCUUCGCUGAUGUGGCCCAGCCUGAUCAGACCAGAAUUGUUGCACUCAACGCUCACAACUUCCUCAAGAACGGAGGGCAUUUUGUCAUCUCAAUCAAGGCAAACUGCAUUGAUUCAACGGCAGCACCGGAGGCUGUAUUUGCUGCGGAGGUGAAGAAGAUGGGCUCAGAAAACAUGAAGCCCCAGGAGCAGCUGACACUGGAGCCUUAUGAGAGAGAUCACGCCAUCGUAGUAGGAGUCUACAGACCUGCCCCCAAGAAUAAGAAGUGAACUGGCCCUUAGCAGCUGUGGCAUAGUGACUUUUUCUGUGGACCCACCUCUGCCACGAGGGGGGGGAAUUGCGCAGCACCGGGAUUUAGCGAGGCACUGAUUGGACCCCAACAUGCUUACACCCAUAUCUGAACUGUCCAUUUUAGUAUGCCCGUCUCCAGAGGUCGGACGGUUGCUUGUCUGUCGCUUUAGAAGUACAUAACUGUCUUUGUGUCUGGGGAGAGGGUGUUGGGGUGGAAUUCACUUCCCUAAUUAACUCUGUAGUGCCAUGUAAAGUACUGUACAGAGGGAAAGCCUGAUAUAUUGAUUUAACUUUUAGUUUUGUUAAAUAUUCACAUUAAUUUGUAAUCUGCUUUUAAAGAGCAACUAUUUCAGUUUAUCCUUGAGUCACAAAGUCAGAUGUAUAAUUUUUCUUGCUUGAUGUUAAAACAAGACUGGCUUACACCCAUGUGUAUGUUUGACUUAAAUGUGAUAUUGUACCUUGACUUUUUUUUAUUAAAACAGUGUGAUUGUA